AUGAGGGUUGUUAGUGCUGACGAAGGAUUUGAUAAGAAGGAAAUGCUGUUCCAUGGAGGAGUCUACAAGAUCUGGACCGGUGAAUGGUUCCGGCUUGUUUACAAUGUCUACUUUCACCCGCUGGCACGAUACCCAGGCCCGCUAUACCUUACUGCCUCCGACGUCCCCUUGGCCAUCCUGUCGCUUUUAGGCACGAGUCAAUAUCCACUCAAAGCCGCCCACGAUCGAUAUGGUGAUAUUGUUCGCAUUGCUCCCGGCACGCUCUCAUAUAUCAAGCCACAGGCCUGGACCGAGAUCUACGGAUACAAGAAGAAUGGCGGGGGUAUUGCGAAUUUCCCAAAAGAUCCGGCCUUCUACAAUGAGAUGAUGCUCGGCAAAGAGACCAUAACUCUUGCCACUGACAAGGAUGCCAUCCCUAUUCGGCGCUGUCUCAACAGCGCCUUCGCGCAUCGCUCACUCCUCGAGCAGGAGCCCAUGAUGCAAGCUCAUAUCGGCCGUCUCAUGGCACAAUUCGAGAAGUACAGCCUUGGGGAGCGCCCUGUGGAUGUGCGUGAAUGGUUCACAUUCUCUAUGUUUGACAUGAACAGCGACUUUGGUUUCGGGGAGGACAUGGGGUGCGUGAGGACCGGUGUCUACCACGAAUGGGUGAAGUUCGUGAUUGAUUAUUUCUAUGCCGCCACACUGCUGCACCAAUGCCACAAGUUCUGGCCGCUCAACCGCCUGCUGGCCCUCUGCAUUUCGCCCUCGACACGAAAGAUGCAGGCCAACCACAACCAGGCCUCGCUGCAGCGAGUCCGAAAGAGGAUGGCUCAAGAAACGGAUCGGCAUGACUUCAUGCAUUAUUUUCUAAGACAAGCCAAGAAGGAGGGAUUGUCGAAGGAGGUGACAGAGGCACAGGCUACCGUGGUCAUACUCGCCGGCAGCGAGACCUCAUCCGUGGCGGAGACUGCAGCAGUGUACCACCUGUUGACACAUCCGAGCAUCUACGAGAAGCUGCAGGCCGAGAUCCGGACCGCGUUUGACAGCCUUGAGGACAUCACCCUGCAAGACGUGCUGUCCAAGCUACCUUACCUGGACGCCGUGGUGCAAGAGACGUUGCGCAUCCAUGCGCCGCUUGCCAACGGCUUCACUCGUUGGGUACCUGACAGGAACGGAGCGCUCAUCUGCGGGAAACACGUACCACAAGGUACUGUGGUUACGAUCAAUCACUACUGCUCGAACACAUCAGCUUCGAACUUCCGCGACCCCUUCAGCUUCAUACCCGAGCGAUGGAUGGGCGAUGCCGCUUACGCUGACGAUAACAGAGACGUUCUUCAGCCAUUCUCGGUUGGCCCGCGGAACUGCCCCGGUCAGCAGUGA